AUGUCGAAACCGGUUUUAAUACCCUUGGUCCCUCCGGUCGCACCUGCCACACCUGUCCCAGGCGCCAAGCCUGUCGACCCGCUAUGGGAGUUCAUCAAAAAUCCUCCCGGACUCCCCAACCUUCCCCAGAUUGCCGACGAGAAGAUUCGCACGAUCGCUAUCACUGAAGAAUCCUAUAGGGCUUCUGAUCCAAAGGCAGAAAAUUACACGAAAUUUGCACUCAUCGGAGAUGCCAUUCUCGAUCUUGUCGUGCUUCUAUUAUGUCACAAGACCAACCCUCAGCAGGGAAAUGGAGGUGCUACCGUCAUGAAGUUCCGAUUGACCAAUCAGACAAUAAUUGGGGCCAUUUCCUUCCUUUACGGACUCCCUUCGCGGGUCCUUACCAAUCCCCCCGACCUCGAAAAGAUUAAGGCUUCUGAGAGGAAUGCGGCUGAGAUGUUCGAAGCCCACAUCGGAGGUUUGUUCUUGGACCGACUCGGCGCGACGCACAGUCAAGGUCAAGCUUACGAAUUUGUGUCCGAGUGGCUCGAAGCUUUGUAUGAGCCGUUGGUCCAGAAAGCCUUCGAAACAGCGAAUGCUUUCGCUUUGAGUUCCGCCGCUCAAUUGCUUGUGGACAACGCUCCGGUCCACCUGGACGGUCUCAAAAACAAGAGAGGAGAUUUGACGGUCGAGUACAAGGAACGACAGAUCGUCACUCCUGUCGAGAAAGGAGAAAAAGGAAAACGCCCAGCUUUCGAAGUUAUCUGCGAUGUAGUGCAGAAGAACGGGAAGACAUGGUCCGCUGUGGAGGUCCGCCCUUCGAAAAAGGAUGCCAGGACUAUCGCGGCGUAUCGAGUCUUGCAAGACAUUCAGCGAGACUUGGGAAUCAUCCCUACCCCCUCGCCUAGUCCCUCGUGA